UAUCACUGCAUCCAGUCGAGCAGUUUGCUCUCUUAUGAAAUAAGCAAAACAAAAUUUAAAACAUUAUGGCUGCGAGGUUCAUCGUUGUGGUGGCAUUGUUCGCCCUUUGCAACAGUACUCCACUUGGUUUAUCUGUUUCACAUCGCAACAGCCGUGGAUUCUCCAUUGGGCGAGCAUACACCGGUGCCCUGGGCGGCCAGGCCUCAGGCUACGCCUCAUCCAACGGGGGCCUGGCGCAGGCGUCGGGCAGCAGCUCCAUCGGUGGACCUCAGUACUUCCGCGCCGACCUCUACGGCAACCAGCAGCAGAAGGCGGAGGCCGUCGCGCAGGUCUACGACCAGCCUGAGGUCAUCUACCAGGCGAUCCCUGCUCCCGGGGAACACAUCGGUACUAUUGUUUCUUACGAAAACAACUACGAUGCCCCCGCUGAGAUCAUUAUCGACUCCGGUAUCCCUUCUGCUAUCUCAUCCGCCGAACUGAGCGGUGGCUCUGGAUCAGCCAUCUCCUCUGCUCAGGUGCAAGGAAACCAUAACGCUGGUUUGGAUUACAUCGUCUCCGACGCCAGGACCCACCAGCUAGCAGCUCCUUCCGGCUCGGCCUCGUCCCGCGUGCACGGCGCCGGCUACGGAUCAGCCUCCUCCACCGCCAACACUGGCUCUUACGGAUCAGCUGUUUCAUCUGCAAAGACUCAAGGACUUGAUUACGGAUCUUCUAAGUUGACCACCAAGAAGAAGAUCAGCUGGCGUUUCGGUACUGCCUACGACACCCCUAAGCUUGGUGCUGCCAACGCUCAGGCUAACAUCCACUCAGGAUAUGGCGCAAUCAAGUCUGCAGCUAACACACAAGGUUCUGGAUCUGCGCAGUCAUCCGCCAACACUCACGGAAACUCUGGAUCAGCUCAAGCUAAUGCUCAAAUUAACGACCAAGCUUACACCUAUGGUUUCCACAAGUCUGUGCCCGCAGUUGUGGCCUCACCUGUUCAGAACUACGCCAAGGCUGACGCUAACACCUACGGCGCUGGAUCCGCCCAUGCCAAGGCUAACACCCAGGACACCAGCUACGGCAUCGCGAAGUCUACAGCCAACAUUAACGGAUACGGAUCUGCCAACGCUGAUGCCAACACCAAUGGAGCCGCACAUGCGCAAGCCAACGCCAACACCCAAGACUCAAGCUAUGGUGUCGCUAAAUCUACUGCUGACGUAAACGGUUAUGGCUCGGCUAACGCUGACGCUAACAUUGGAAAUGCUGAGUACGGUUUGGCCAAAUCAUCAGCAAACACUCAUGGAUCUGGAUCUGCCCACGCAAACGCCAACACUCAUGGCUCUGGUCUCGCCAAGUCUGCCGCUAACGUAAAUGGAUAUGGCUCCGCCAACGCUGACGCCAACAUUGGAAAUGCCGGUUACGGUUUGGCCAAGUCUUCUGCCAACACUCAUGGCUCUGGUCUUGCCAAGUCUGCCGCUAACGUAAAUGGAUAUGGCUCCGCCAAGGCUGACGCUAACAUUGGAAAUGCCGGAUACGGUCUGGCCAAAUCUUCUUCCAACACUUAUGGAUCUGGAUCUGCUCACGCUAACGCAAACACUCAGGGUUCCGGUCUUGCCAAGUCUGCCGCUAAUGUAAAUGGAUAUGGCUCCGCAAAUGCUGACGCUAACAUUGGAAAUGCCGGAUACGGCUUGGCUAAAUCGACCGCCAACACCAACGGAUACGGACAAGCUGAAGCUAACGCUAACAUCCAGGAAGCUGGAAACGGUUUAGCCAAGUCGAGCGCUAACAUCAACGGCUACGGCUCGGCCAGCGCCGACGCCAACACGCAAGGCUCCGGCUACGGUAUCGCGAAGUCGACCGCUGACAUCAACAACGGUGGAUACGCCAAGGCUGACGCCAACACUCAGGGACUCGGCCACGGCUACGCCAAGUCAGCCGCCAACACCUACGGAAGCGGUUCUGCUGAUGCUAACGCUAACAUCGGGGGAGCCGACUACGGCUUCGCCAAGUCGGCUGCCAACACUCACGGAUUUGGUUCCGCUGAAGCCAACGCCAAGGUGCAGGGCUCUCCCUUCGGUGGGCUGCGCUCGUUCGAUGCGCUCCCUGGCUCAGCCGUCUCCUCGGCUCGCGUGCACGGGGGCCACGCCGGCUACGCUCACGCCAACGCCAUCAGCUCAUAAGUACCA